CAAAUAAACGCCAGUAAAAUAUUUCUCUAUAUUUGCAUUUUUGAAACCUAAUAUUAGCAUUUUUUUUUAUUUUUUUUUUGUGCGAAAAAUCAAAAGUAUUUUCUUUUUUAAAUUACAAUUGUUAUGAGAAGAUAUUUUUUUAUGCGAUAUUUUAAAGAGGCACAUUUUUCUCAAGGAAAAAAAAUUCAAAAGAAACUACUUCCUGAAUUCAGGACGAAAAUGAAACUUUCUGGUAACUGCAAUGAAUGCGAAAUUAGUUUUCGAAUUUUUUGUACAAAAAAUAAAGAAUAUGAAGCAAAUUUAAAUCUAAAGUGAAUAGUCGGUGACUAUUUGAAAUUUUCAAAAUUGAAUUUUAAAUUCUAAAAAUUAAUUUAUAAAAAUAAAUUUUUAAAAUAAACUUCUGAAUUCUUUUGUUUUAUUAAAAUUUGUUUUUAAAAAAAGAAAACAAUUUGCAUCGAAAUGUCAGAAAUGUGUCCUUAUUUUUUUUUAUCUUCAAAAUGCAAUUUAACGUCAUUUGUGUGACGAUAGUUUCUUCAGAAUUCUCUUUAUUUCACAAAAGAAAUUUUUAUUUUGUUUGAAAACUAAAAAGAGACAAAAAAAAUAAAUAUAUAACCCUUUGCAAAAAAAGGGGCAAAUAAUUUUUAAAUGAGCGCAAGCAAGAAGCAAAAAGUAUGUUUACAAAACAAGAACAAUUUACAAAAGAAGAAACUUGAUUAUUCACGAUUUUUAACAUUGGAAACACUUCCACCAGAACUUUUAGAAAUGAUAAUGCGUUUUUUGCCACUACACGAUGUAUCUUCUAUUAUUCGUUUAGUUUCUAGGAGAUUUUCAACAGUGGCAUCAACAGUUUUAAAUAGUGCUUUUCUAGCCGCUGGUAUUCGAUUGGAAGAAAUGAUGAAUUAUCUCGAAUCAACGAUAUGGUUUAAAAUCACCACAGAAACAGAUCUUAUGGCAAUUAGUAAGGCAUUCAAUGUUUUUGAAUUGAUAAGAGCCCAAUAUAAAAUGUUAAAAGCUGUCACAUGGAGAUAUACACAUCCACCAAGAAAAGAAAAAUUUUCCCGCCUCUGCUUUUAUGCUGGAUCAUUAUUAGAUGAUUUAAAUAAAAUAAUUAAUAUUGCAAAAUUAAAUCCCUCAUCAUUAGCAAAUGCACAUGGUCCAGACGCGAGUAUUACUUCAUUUAUUGCACUUUGUAAAAGAUUCAUGAAUUUUUUCGAAAAAGUCUCUGAGCGUAAAAUUAACAGAUCUGCAUUGAUAUCGGGAUGUAAGACAGUUGAUGUUUUGGAUUGUUUAGCAGAAGGUCGAGAGGUAUUAUCUUUUCGAGUAUCCUCGGGUCGUGGAAACAGAAGUAAUAUUGUCACAAUGAAAUUGAAAUAUGUAAUGAAGAGAGCAUGGUUCACGUGUUUAGAAAUACCGAGUGCUGCCGAUGAAAAUUCAUGGCGUGAUGAACAACGUUUUAUGUAUUUACGAUUACGACGUCUUGUAGGAAGUGUGAAUGAACAUCAUUUUGAAAAAUGUCACUAUGAUCGUGAAUUGAUGCUUCAAGUACCGUCAAUGCCAUCUCCGAGACCUCCACCAGCGUCAACGUAUUCCGGUUACGGAGAAUAUGGCGGUCAAUUUUUCUAUUACGGAAAUAUGAAUAAAUAUGCCUAUGAGAAUAAAUUUAAAUACGUGAACGAAGGAAAUGAAAUGGAAGACGAGGAAACCGUACAGGAAGUUAAUCGAGGACCAUGUUUUGAUUUAGUAAUUAUUGUGGAAUUACGAUGUUCACCAGAAUUAGCACCAUUGGCUGUAAGAACAAUUCUUAAAUCAGAUGACAUAGAAAAUAUAUCCAAUGGAAAUAGUCAAAAUCCCGAAUUAUAUUUAAAAUUACACGUGACUUGUCCUGCAUCUGUAUCAAAUAGACUACCAGGUACUUUUGUCUGGGAGCUUAGAAGUCCACGUUGAGAAAU